UGGCAAGCGGUGCCCAAUGCUUUAACGGAUAUUAUAAACAUGAAAUUAAAUGUGUUUACGGCUUUGCCACUGGAGCUAGCCGCUACUGCCAUUGACGCCUUGUGCUCCUCCACAUUAUUUAUUGGAAGCGUGCCGCCGCAGAUCUCGCCAGAUAUAACAAAAAUGCACUUCCAAUACAUGAUGCCGUGUCUUAACUACAGUGUGCCCUUGCUGCAGGCUGAAAAGCUCUGGAUGCAUCCUAGAUUUCGACAGAAUCGCAAAGUUGUCAUCCUAGCCACUGGUUGGACAAAUACCGUCAAUGAUUCAGCUGCCAUGGCAAUGAUCUCCAAGGCAUUUAUAUGCCGACCAGAUGUUAAUUUUGUGAUAGUUGAUGCGGCCUCUUACGUGGAUACCCUCUACAAAUGGUCAGCAUUAAAUACAGAUCUCAUUGGCGAACACAUUGCCGUAGGCUUACAGCAUUUGAUUAAAAUGACACCGCUGGAUGGAAUACAUCUAAUCGGACAUUCUCUGGGUGCGCACAUUAUGGGUAAUGCUGGGCGAACAUUUAAGCGCUUAACUGGCAAACUGGUGCCACGGAUAACGGGACUGGAUCCUGCCAAGCCUUGCUUUCGUCACAGGCAUGCAUUGCCUGGUUUAAUGCGUGGCGAUGCCAAGCUGGUGGAUAUUAUACAUACCAACAUUGGCAUUUUGGCCAAACGUGAACCACUAGGUGAUGUGGAUUUCUAUCCCGGAGGUGCACAUCCUAUACAACCUGGGUGUCUUACUAUAGGCUGCUCCCAUACGCGGUCUGUAGAAUAUUUUGCGGAAAGCGUUUAUCCACAGCAGCAGAGAAACUUUCUGGGCUGGAAGUGCAGCUCCUGGCGGCAGUUGGGACAACGCAAGUGCGAGAAAGACAAAGUAUCUACCAUGGGUUACAGAAUUAACAACAAGGCUAAGGGUAUUUACUAUGUAGAUGUUAACAAUUGGAGUCCAUAUGGGCGUAACCAGGUGCCGGGUCAACAGCUAAAGCAAGCAGAGUGCAUAAAGCGAAAAUGUAAAAAUAUUUAG